UAAAGUAACGCCUCUGCACUCCAGUCUUCUUCACGCCCCCACACACACACUUACUUCCUCAGAAAAUAUUUACGUUUAAAAAGAAUUUGCAUUCGCUCCCUCUGGAUCUGGAAGAUAAGAUCUUUCACUUGCUUCCUCUCUAACUCAUCUCUCUCUCUCUGGUGAUUACAAAGCAGCGAGUGAUCAAAAUCUACAAGUACAUAGAAGGAGACACUUACAGCAUGUAUUGGUUCACAAGCUCUGUUCGCAAAGUUGUCUCUUUGAAUCUUUACUGCCGUGUUAUUCUGUAAAUUACUUCAACAGCCCACCUCAAAUCUUCUUUCUUUCUUUCUUAUUCUUCAGCACUUUUUGUUCUGUUUAUAAUAAAUCUCUUUAGUAAUGGGAUCCCAACGUUUCUACGUCUUCCAUUGUGAACAAUAUAUGAUCAGCUAAACAGAUUCCCUUUUUUAAACCCCCUGCAAGCUUUUUUCUCAACUCUUUUUUUCUCUCAACCCCAAGUGUUUUUGGAAAAGUUAUGGUAAGCCAAUCAGCUGGUCAGACAAGAUUUCGAACCUUCAAGUACGAGAACAACGGUGACUCCAACAAACCAGCAGUUGUAGUAAGAGCUAUUGUUUGCUUCCAACCCAUGGCUAAUUGUCAGGCUGAAUACUUUAGACAUAUGCUCAAACCAGUGACGUAGUUGGUUUGUUCUGUGUUUUGUUUGUUUUGUAUCUUCUACCUGGCAAUUUUCUCCACCGUUUUGUUCUAUAUUUUCUCUUACAAUUUGCUUUAAGAAAGAAACAAAGAAGAAGUAUUGCGUUCAAGAAACAGCUUCCACACUCGUAUUGUACUAUUGUAAAGUUCCCUUGGCUUAAACUGCAAGAGCAUGCCUCUUGAUAACAGGCAACAGAAAUGGUUGUUGCCAUUGGGCUUGAUUCCUCAGGAGGACAUAGCUACCGGGUCUUCCUGUCCUGGAGCUCCUCUCAGUAAAGUGUAUGCAGCUGAGCAUCAAUUUCGCUAUCUGCAGCCACCACCGUUCCAGGCCUUACUCUCCAGUUAUGGAAAACAAGUUGCUGCUCCAGAGAGGACACUCAAGCCUCCUCAGAAAAGAUUCCUAGUAUUCGAUCAGUCAGAGAAUCAGACUCGUUUGUUACAGUGUGGGUUUCCACUGCGUGUUCCUUCCUCUGUGGCUGCUGCAGAGCAAGGGAGAAUCCUCAAUUCCCUAAACCUAGAGAAAGGGUUAAGUAAAGAGAUAUUGCUCCAUGAAGAUCAUGUUAAUGGAGAAGAGGAGGAGUCAGAGAUGCACGAAGACACUGAGGAAAUCAACGCACUACUGUAUUCUGAUGAUGAAGACAAUGAUGAUUGCGAGAGUGAUGAUGAAGUGACGAGCACAGGUCACUCUCCAUUCCCAGUUGAACAACAAGCGUGCAAUAAUAAAACAACAGAAGAAGAACUGGAUGAAACCGAAAGCUGUGGUGAUGAUGGUCCACGUCUUAAAAGGCAGAAAGUACUGGACCAUUCUUCAUACAGAGAAGACCUAUCACCAUCACCAUCCUUUGUGGUGGGUACCAAGAGUCUCACUAAUCUCAAAAGGUCAUCAGACGAGAAACUUCAAGAGUCCAACAUCUCAAGCAGCAAUCAAGAAAUGGGUUCUGGUCUGAGCGACGAGGAAGAGACGAGGAAAGACACCGCUCUGAGGAUCCUUGAGAGCGUAGUUCCGGGAGCACAAGGAAAAGAAGCUCUGUUGCUUCUAGACGAAGCCAUUGAUUAUCUCAAGCUGCUGAAGCGAGAGUUAACCUCACCGCAACCAAAAGGUUUAAACAACCACUGGUGAAAACCAAUUGGAUAAGCGUGGCUGGUUGGUUAAAGAGAAGACAAGAGACAAAAGACAAUCAAUGAGAUAAAGAAGAUUCUUUCAAUAUUUUUGCAUUAACGUGCGUUUGAAACAAUUUUAGGUCACGCCUGGUGGCCUAGUGGGACCGUAUCCACACUGUUCAGCUUAGCUGGGUCAAUAGUGAUAUCUGCUUUUGGAUUUGGCAUGCUCUCUCUCAAAAAAAAAGAACAAAAUAGACGUUUACUUUCCUCUGUGCUUUGAAGAGUUGGAGUGGAAUAAAAUUUGAAACAAAAGCGCAGUCUUUGGUGCCUCAUUGAUCAUUAAUAGUUUUAUCUUCUUUUUUUUUCCUCUUGAGUAAUAAUAAACCCUUGUGAAGGUGGUGGUGGGUGUGGAUGAAGUAAAAAAAUCAAAAAAGACAACAUUGAAUUGUUUGUUUUAUGGAGUUGUUGUGGAAAUGUAAUCUCCGCAUGUUCUGUGAAUAUCUCCACUUACAUUAUUGGGUGAAUCUCUGUCCCCACGCUCUUUUGUCUCA